AUGAGCUCGCGCUCCAGCAGCCUUUUGGUGCGCCUUUUGGCCGCUGUUUUGCUAUCCUGGCCUGGGCUCACCUUCUUCGGGCGGCGUGGCCAGGGCUCGGGAGCAGUGGAGGCACUACUCGAGGAUCUCCGAGCGCUGGGCGGGCCUGGGCAGGAUGCGGCCCUGACAGCUUCAGCUCUACUGGGAGGCCUGCAAGAUGCACAUCUUUUGGCCGACAGCAGCUACGACAAGCGGCGGCGGACCGCAAAGUUUAAGAUCGCGGGGGGCGGUGCAACUGGUGAGUUUUACGCGGAUCUCAGAAUCUGGCUGGAUCUUCAGCUCGACAAGAACUUGAAGAUCACCUGGGAGAAGACACGAGCGGGAGCAGUUGUCCUGCACUUCUCUGGCAUGUCGUUUGCACCCCUUGAGGGUGCGCAAGAGUUGUAUAUGAAAGCCGGCUUGGACUCCUUCACCUGCCCUUCCAUCAAGUCCGUGAGCCAGGAGGAGUACUACCAGUGCCACCUCAAAAAGGCCCUGCUGAUGGAAGACUUCUGGAAAAACAACCGCACCUUGAUCCCGAAGAAGCUGCAACACCAGUUCGCUUUCAUUGGGGACAACACGGUCAUAUCCCACCUGUCCGAGCAGCUUGGCCAUGGGUUUGGCUGGUCCAUGCUCCUAGUCCUGUCGGCACCUCCAUCGGUGGUGAACACACUCGAGUUUUCGGACAAUGGUGUCCGAGGCACAUCUGUUCAUGACAAGAACCAGGCUGGAGCCAAGCUCGCGGCAAAGCACGGCUUCAAGGAUCUUAGUCUCAACAUCGCCAGGCCUCUUGUUGGGGACUCACGCUUUGGGGGCCUGGUGCGCUCUGUGGGCGAGCGGAUAAUGCCACUGGCUUCCAACUUUGGCAUCCUUUGCUCAGUCGGCGAGCCCCGGUGGCGCUCAAAAAACAUCCGAGGUGCAGACCCGAAAGUGGUCGCCACUAUCUUUCGUCGCCGUGGCUCCAAGGGACGGCAGCCUCACUUGGAAGUCGAAGAAACGGCGGAGAUGAGGAAUGGGUCCACCUGGGCUCGGGAAGACGGCGACUGUCCAGGCGCUUGCGAGAGCCACGAAGAGGCGUUUGUCCGGGUGACGGCCUUGGGCAUCGUGCAUUGGUGUUCCAGUGCGCCGCACGAGAAAGGGGACUGGGUGUUGCUUGACGAGAUCAACUUGGCACCGCAGGCCACUUUGGAGGGUCUCAACGCUCUUCUGGACCACCGGCGAGAGGUUUUCUUGCCGGCAAUUGGCCAGACUGUCGCAGCCCAUCCAGGCUUCAGGCUCUUUGCAGCUCAGAAUCCUGUUGCCACUGGAGGUGGACGAAAAGGGCUUCCACGAUCCUUUCUCAACCGCUUUACCCGCGUGGUGCUGUCUCAGCUGUCCGCUGAAGACCUGCGACAUAUUUGCUCGUGCCUCAACAACUUCUUGACCUUAUGCCGAUCUGGUUUGGAGAUGGAUGCACGCCCCUGUCUCUAG